AUGGACGCGACGGGGCAGCAGGAGCAGCAUACAGGAAAUGGAGGCGGAGAUCGCUACGGCGUGCUUCUCUACUACAAGUACGCCGAGGUGCCCGACGCCGCCGAGCUCGCCGCGUUCUACGAGGCGCACUGCAGCGGCCUCGCGCUCGUCGGCCGCGUCCGGGUCGGCCCCGACGGCGUCAACGCCACGCUCGGAGGGCGGAUGACCGCGCUGGAGAAGCACGUCGCGGAGUUGAGCUCCAACGCCUUGUUCGAGGGCACGGAUUUCAAGCUGGCGUCCUGCGACGACCCUGUCGACGAGAGGGAGCUAGUUACCCUGUGCUCCAACCCCACGUCGGCACCCCCAGAGAUCUCGAGUGCUGGGAGACACUUGUCGGCGGCUGAGUUCCAUUCAGUGCUCCAGAAUGUUGCUGGGACUAGUUUGGAUGCUGUGGCAUAUGCGGAGAAGAAGGAAGUGGUUGUCUUGGAUGCAAGGAAUCUAUUUGGUGGCAUUCAGCGGUAUCUGGAGCAAUUUCCAGAUGGUGGCUAUUUUGAAGGAAAGAAUUUUGUAUUUGACCACAGAAUCUCAGUGGGAAGCCUUAAAGAAAACAUACUUGGAGCGUGUUUGAUAUGUGGUUCUUCUUUUGAUGACUAUUCAUCGCGCUGUCGGUGCAGCCAUUGUAGAAUGUUGGUCCUAGUGUGCACUACAUGUCAGGAUUCCACCAAGGAAUAUGCAUGCGAGUUAUGUCAAAAAAAUGGAAAAGAACCCUGCCAAAUAUCAACAAGACAAGACUGCAAAAUACAGAUAGGACUAUUUGAAAGCUUUGAAAAGCCAUCCAUAAGCAAUCACAAUGCGGCUAACAAAGUUCCCUGGAGUGAUGGUAAUGAGCAGCUGAAAAGAUUGAGGAUCCUCUGCUUGCAUGGUUUCCGCCAGAACGCAUCCAGUUUUAAGGGAAGAACGUCAGCACUUGCCAAGAAGCUGAAGCACAUCGCUGAGCUUGUCUUUGUAGACGCACCUCAUGAGCUUUCGUUUGUAUAUCAACCAAUCCAGGGCCACUGCUCAGACAAACCUUCACCUCUGUCUGUGACACCAAAACGGAAAUUCGCAUGGCUCAUUGCUCCAAACUCCCACUGUAACCCUGAGCAAGACUGGAGGGCUGCAGAUGUGCCGUUUGACCCUCUUCAGUACCAGCAACAAACCGAAGGCUUUGAGGAAUCAUACACGUACCUUGAAAAUGCAAUCUCUCACAUGGGGAGCUUCGAUGGAAUCCUGGGCUUCUCUCAGGGUGCUGCCAUGGCUGCCUUAUUCUGCAGGCAGCAGCAGAAGAUUUGUGGCUCUCCAAAGUUCAGGUUUGGGAUGUUCUGCUCCGGAUACCCAGCACCUGUGGGCGAUUUCGGCAACGAACCAAUCAAGCUCCCCUCGCUCCAUUGUUUCGGCAAUGGGGAUGGUCAUGAUAGGCAGAUAGCAAACAGGGCGAGCGCUGAACUUGCUGGUUUGUUCGACCAGGAUUGCUGCUCCGUUGUUGAGCAUGAUAUGGGCCACAUAAUCCCCACCCGGUCGCCCUACAUCGAUCGGAUAAAGGAUUUUCUUUCCAGUUUCCUAUGA